AGAGGAGGGGAAGGAAAGGAGGAAGGAGAGGAGGAGGAGGAGGAAGGGGGGCGGCACCGACCAUGUUACGGCUGCGCUGCAAGGCCCGGAGCGGGACCCAGCUGUUACCCGGCCUCACCGCACACACCCGGCUCAGAGACAUGCAGGCCGCUUUAGCCGCCAUCACCGGCGUCCCCGCCUCGGCACAGCGGUUGUUGCUCGGUUUCCCACCUCGGAGCAUUGAUCUGAGUGAUGGAGAGAGGAGGCUGGGAGAGCUGGGCAUCCAUUCGGGAGACACGCUCAUAGUGGAGGAGGAUACAUCUAAACCCAGUGCUGGCUCCCCAGUGGUGACCAAGAGAACCAUGGAGGUGAUGGAAGCGCUUCCAGUGUUGGCCAGGAGGGUGGUACCGGCUGAUAACUCGUGUCUAUUCACCAGCAUCAACUACGUGGUGGAAGGAGGGGUGUACGACCCCGGCUGCGCUCCUGAGAUGCGUAACCUCAUAGCACAGAUCGUAGGCAGCGACCCCGAGGCGUAUUGUGAAGCUGUGCUGGGGAAAAGCAAUAGAGAAUACUGCGACUGGAUCCGGAGAGAGGAAACGUGGGGGGGAGCCAUCGAGGUUUCUAUUUUAUCUAAGUUUUAUCAGUGUGAGAUCUGUGUGGUGGACACACAGACGGUCAGAAUCGAUCGUUUCGGGGAGGAUGCCGGCUACACCAAACGGGUGCUGUUGAUCUAUGAUGGGAUUCAUUACGAUCCGCUCGAGCGUAAGAUCCUCGACUCGGACGUUCCUCCCCAAACCAUUUUCUCUACCACUGAUGAUGUCGUCCUCGCACAAGCUUUGGAAUUAGCAGAUGAAGCCAGAAGGAAGAGGCAGUUCACCGACGUGAAUCGCUUCACUCUGAGGUGCAUGGUGUGCCAGAAGGGACUGACGGGACAAGUAGAAGCCAGAGAACACGCCAAGGAGACGGGACACACCAACUUCGGGGAGGUGUGACUCCUGUAUGAGGAUGGUUACAUCUACUACCUCACUCAUCCGGAAUAAAAUUCUGGAUCUCCAGAUAAGCUGUAUUUAAUCACAAAAUUCCGUUCACAGAGCUUGAAAAGCGUGUUAGCUUAACGAUGGCCGAGGCGCACAGGUUUGGUGUUGGAUAGGGAUUUAUCCAGCUGGUUUGAAAUGUAGGUUAUCUUCUCGCAUGCUGAUUUAGAGUCACUGGGCAGGUGAUGUACACUGGCAGCUAAAACCUGAUGACUGUAAUAACCUUCUCUUUGAGUGUGUGCUCUGAGUGGCCAUACAGAACCAGGCUUGUUCAAUACUAGUGUAAAAAAAGCGAGCCUCUAAAUCACUGUUUUAUGUUGUCAGGGUAAUUAAAUUAAGGGUUUAGGAAAUGUACGUAUCAGCACUAUUUAUGCUCAUAAAUAGACUCUGCGCAUAGAAGCAGCCCUUCCAAGGGGAACUGCUCGUGGGGUGCGCAGUAUAUAGUGGGAAGAGCAUCCCUAAAGCUGCCCUACACUAUGUUACUAUCAGAAGUAGAAUGUAUUGUUUGUGUGAAGUCACGGCUUUAGAGAGAGAAGUGGCCUUUAAGCUUUAAGAUAGCCUUCUUAAAAUUAACGAGUAGGUGGUUAAGUGUUGAAUAAACUUAUUAAUCCUCCAUAGGUAGCUUUUAGUUGCUUGGAAAAUAACUAUCCAGCCCCUUGGUGUUUACACUGCAUUGGAACGUAGGCAUGUUACUUGGAAUACUUGGGUUCUUCUUCACUUUAUCUUCAAUUCUGGCAGGAGGGAAAUACAUUCAUUAGGGAAGUAUCUUAAUUUGCAUCUCUUUAGUACAUCGGAAUGGUCUUCAUUUGGCUGUAGCUGAUCUCACAGCCACAGUGUUACUAAGCUGUAGCAGAUUCCAAAUACUGUAAAUUAGCACUUUAAGGUAUAGUUCUCAGUUGUGUUUGCUGGUAAGAAGUCUUAUAGAAGCAAGGAGUAGUAAUCCAGAAGGGAGGCUGGAGGUUUCUUCAUCUGCAUUCUGCCUUAAUGUGUUUGAUUUGUCACCGAUGACUGUUGAGGAGCAAGGCUUAUAAUUCAAGAUAAUGAAGGAUGAUGCAGUUGAACUGUCAGAACAAAACAAGCUGGGUGAAGUGCCCUACUUCUCAUACUGCUCCGAAUCAGGGAAGGUGGAAUUGAUUUCAUCAACCUUACCUCACAGCAAGGUUGUGAGCUUAACAGCAAGUGCUUUGAGGUCUUUUAAAAGGUGCUGUAUAGGUGCGUAGUACCGAAGGGGAUUUAUUUGUUUCCUUUGUAAUGCCUGUAAUACACAUUUGUUUUAAGGGAUUUUACAAUGUUCUUAGCCUUCUAUCACACUGUUUCGAGUUACCUCUCUUGCUCUUCUACAAAUGGAGAGCAGGAACGUGCAUCUUCAGUUUGAGGCAGAAACAAACCUGCUUUCCAAAUGGAAUCCAUCUUAGCUCUGAAGGCCUCCAUUCAUUGAAGUUCUCACUGAGUUGGACCUUGAAAUACUGAGAGAAUCUCACAGGAAAUCGAGCGUAAUCACAUCAAGUGCUUUGAAUUGAGGCAAGAAUAAUUAAGGAUAAAGAAUAGGAUUGCCAAAAGCACUACAGACCAAUUUUCUUUUUAUUUCAGUAUUAAAAUACACGUUCACACUGUUGGGGAGAUUCCAAUAGAAAACCACUUAGCUUCCAGUGUUAAACCACACUUUGCUUUUCAUCCAUCAUGAGAACAAAACAAAUCAUUACCAACAGCCCUCGAGAAGCUGAUGCUUAUAGAACCUGAAGGGGGAACUUGAAGAUUACACUGAUACAACGACUUGAGACAAAAUGCUGUCUAGGAACGAGACCAAGAGACGAUCAACCUUAAAUCAUGUUCUCAGCUUUCACACUGAAGAGGUGAGGCGCCUAGGAUAAAGGAGCUGCUCCUCAUCAUUUGCCAUCUGUUACAUGGACAAUACCUACCUCAGAGAGGUGAACUUUGGGUGUCUUUGAAACUAAAAGUGCUGUAGAAGAGGGAGAUACGUAUUUAUUGUCUGCCACGUUUGCAACGGCGUGGACUUUUGGGAGCAAUGCUUAGUAUUUUUUAGCUUUGUAUCCUUUUGAAAGAGUAUCCAAAUGCUUUGGGGGGGUUAUUUCUCACUUUGCAGUAUUUGAAGGUUGAAAAUCAGUUGUAUUGAAUUCAGAGCGUUCAGCUUUACUUUAUCAUGUCUCCAUAGCAAAGCCAUUAACAGAGCAGGAGAUCCACAUUAGGGAGGUGCCUCAGUGUCACCGCUUGGAUGCUUUAUUUAGUUGCUUAGAAAAUAAAAUCCCUUUUGGUUUACAAUAUCAAUGGGACAGCUGUAAUUUGUGUCUGUAAAAGCUGAUAUUAUUAUGUGCUGACAAAGCGUUUCGAAGAGCAAAUAACUGGGGAUGUGGACUGAGCUCCUGAACUACAUUAAAAUGGGGAGCUGUAAAAGGAUGGAACAUGAAGGGGUUUUUUAAUGUCUUUAUAGCAGCGUUUACCUGCCCUUAAUGAGGAAGUGCCACAAAAAUGGGAUCCUGGCAGCAGUGGUGUGAAUUUCAGAGCAUCCCUCAUACGUUUGCACUGAACUGUUAUUAGUUACAGAUACUUUAGAAUAGACAUAUUGUGGGCUCAGGUGGUGACAGGCAGCCUGUACCCAUCCACAAAGCCUGCAAGCUAUGGGUGUGUGUCCUUACCAAUGCCACUUACUCCCAUUCAGAUUGAAAUUAAACACCAAUUUCCUCACUGAACGCUUCAGCACAGAGCUCAGCAGUCACUCAGGCCCUGGAAACUGAAAUUCAUACUUGAGAGAUGGGCUUGGUAGAAGCUGCAUUGUUUGUGCUGGCUUCCUGUGCUACUUGGAUUAAAGAACUUCACUUUCCCAGUGCCUGCCUGGCCACUUCACCAGCACUAAACCCCUUCUUUAAAUAAGUAGAGCCUGACACCCUCAUCACGUGGCCUUUUACAAACACUUUGUGUUGUGGGAAGAGAUGCUCAUCUCAUGGAUUUCACAGCACUUUAAAAGUUGGUCUGAGUUUACACGCUCAGCAAGAUACCAAGCAAGGACUUUGCUACAUCAGCAGCGCCCAUUCCCAUUGCAGCAGAACAAAUGGUGUUAGCAGGUGAUUCUCAAGUCUUAGUUACCACCGUAGCACAACGUUCCACUUCAUGUACCAUCAGUGCAGACCAUUUGGAAUAACAUAUUUCCUUCAACACGUAACUUGAACUGCAAAAAAUUGUCGAUGCACCAAUAAACGUGACUGAUGCAUGCA